AAAUACUUCACUUGUGUUGGAAACAAACAUCAACACGCUGACACAAACCAACAUAAAAGACUCAAAAGUGGAUCUUUUUCCUUUAUGGAGGACUCUCCACCCAAGCCAUCGGUGGCUGAGCUGGCCGGCAUGUUCAAAGGUCACAUCCUCCCCAUGCCGAGCGCACAUGACAAGUCGCCGCGUCGAAGGAACUUGCCUCCGUGUUCUCUGAAGUUUCCGAAGCGGAAAAAUGAGGCGGACGAGUCGAAGACAAACAUGGCCCCUGGCAGUCCUGGUCAGGUCCGGAUGAAGAGCCCCUCGGUCAUAGAGAGACUUCAGGCCAACCUCGCCCUGUCCCCCACCACCCUGCUGCCUUCGCCCAAGAGCGCCGCAGAUGUCAACCCGCGGCCAGAAUCGCCGCCCUACGACUCCAGCCCCGCCUGGGGCCCCUUGACCCCCACCCUGCGGCCCCCGCUGGUCGCAGUCGAGGAGGACAAGCCAGUCGGCUUCAACAGCCCCCCUGAAGGCACGCCCCUGCCCAGCUUCACCAAGACUCGAGCGCGGCUGUCGUUCAGGAGGCGUCCUCCCACGAGACAGCACCGGAAGUCGGUCGGAGAGGACACCAACAGGGACGGCGUUUUUGGGCGCGCACAGGAGGGGGAGGAAGAUGAGCAACACCUGACAGGUGAAGAUGAGCAACACCUGACAGGUGAAGAUGAGCAACACCUGACAGGUGAAGAAGAGCAGACAGGUGAAGAAGAGCAACACCUGACAGGUAAAGAAGAGCAACACCUGACAGGUGAAGAAGAGCAACACCUGACAGGUAAAGAUGAGCAACACCUGACAGGUAAAGAAGAGCAGGACUGUGGCGAGCGAACAAAAAGCCUCCCAAAGGACGAGGGGGAGGAAGAGCAUCCCUCGGUGUCGGUCCACCGUCCGGCAGGUGGAGGAGACCCCCAGGUGCCGCACUGAUGUCGUGCCAGGUGGUGAACUAUGACAAUCACCAAAAAAAGACGCACAUAUUUUGAAAGUGCUUCUUGGAAAGUGCAGUAAGUCGCGCAAGGCCUUCUCUGUCUCCCUCUGCUGGCCCUUUAUAGAACUGAAAACAUUCACACUCUUUUUGGAGUUCUAGACAUCUUUUUGUUAUGUUCCCACUUCUGCUGUGCAUUUUAAUCCUGUGAGUAUAAACUUGAUCUUGUACUUUGCUUGCAA